AUAAACGUAUGUCUGUGGUUUUCUUAUCAAAUCGCUCCCUGAAAAUUACAAAAUGUGCCUUUAAAUGUUACAGACUUCACAUAGAGAGCCCUCAGUCUGUACGAGUGACGGCCAUUCCCACAGAGGCUCCUGAUUGGCCGCCGCAGCCUCGCUCUCCCUAACAGCUGUUCUCUGUUUUCCCACACUCUGAUUGGCCACACGGCCCUGUCAGUCAACCCUGCUUUGACACCGGGCACCGCCCCCUCGCUCCGUCCGAGACUCGCCAUUGGCUACUGUACGCGUUCGUGCCUCGCGAUUGGUGGCGCCGGCUGGUUGUCAAGGCUUUCGGGGGCUUCAUUCACCAUUUUGCGACUGUAGUGUAGAAAAUACAGGGCAGUAGUUUUUUUUUUUUCUUCCCUCCUUCUUCUUCUCCUCCUUCCUCCUUUUUAUAACUUGCUUUUGCCGGAGAAAAAUGAACUACAGCGGCCGCACGGCGUGAAGCGGCCGCGGCGCACACCCUGCCCUAUUUGACCCGGCGGACUCAGCAACACAGUUGCCGUCUGUGUACAUCAGCUCCGAGUCUCUGGAACUCAGUGGCCAAGUAGUGAAGCCGAGACAAGACAGGAUGAGAGAGAGAGGCCUUGGCAGGACUGGAAAAUAGAGAAAAAGGAAAGGAGGAGGAGGAGGAAGAGAAAACCCAGAGCAGAACAAGUGGAUUGCCAAGGAGAAUCUCUGGAAUAAAUAAAUAAAUCUAAAAGACUUGUUUGGAGGAACACCAAGCUAGAUGAAAAGAUGAAGCCGAUUAAAAAACAGGACCGGCGCUCUCCUCCCUCUACCCGGGCCAAGGGGGGGAAACGUCGCGGAGUGGGCGAAGUUUCAGAAGGUGGUGAGAAAAGAGACUCAGAUGAGAACAGAGACAGAAGCAGAUCACCGCCGAUGUCAACUUCCCCCACUCCGUUUUCCUUUAAUUUGCACUCAAAGUCCCCUCAGGUGGACCCAAUCAGGGAGCAGGACACUGCGGAGAGGGAGGGGCUUUACAGAGACGGACUGCCGGAGACGACGGCGUCACUUGUGAGCGAUUCCGAGAAGCUGUCGACACCCUGCGACGACAGGUCGGGGAUAUCUGCCGCCAGCGUUGGCAGCCACAGCCACAGCGACGGCGGCAGCAGUUGUAGUAACAGUAGUACUCCGAGCGCCAACAACAGUCCCAACCCAGCCUCCAGCCGAAAGACGGCCACCUUCAAGGCCCGCGUUCCCAAGAAGAAGUACACGUCUGAACACUGCUUGUCUGCCACUGCUGCUAACAAUAGCUACCCCGCCUCCAGCACGCCCUCGCCUCUCAGCCUGAGUGUCGGGGUUCUCAACCAUGGGCCAACAAUCUCAGGAGGUGACGUGAGCAACUCUCACCACAACGGUAGAAGCAUGCUAGAUGACUUCCACAGCAGGACCGCCGGCAGAGAAAGGACCCAGAGUGGCUCCCCGGGACCCCCGACUCUGUCACUGGGUGUGGAGAGGGAGAGGGAGAGGUCGGGGGCAGGCGAGGAAGUAAGAGAAGAGCGAGUGUCACCCCCCCUGCCCCGCUGCUCCUCCACAGACACCGCCAGCGAGCACUCGGCCGACCUGGAAGUGGCGGUCGACCCGCAUGCCGUUCCGCAGAUGUCCCUGCACGUGUCGUCCGGCAUCCCUGACGCCCUGUCAGACGCCCUGGCCAAAGGGCUGAAGAAUCAACGCGUCCUCGCUCGCCAGCUCAGGAAGAGGAGCGAUGACCAAGCAGGACACGACAGGAGGGACGAAGGGGCCAGGUCGGAGCUGGUGUUCAGGGCCGGAGUGGUGCGGAAGGUCAGUGGGGAGUUUGGAAGCUUAGAGGUACAGCUCAACGGUGAGAAGAUGAUGUGUCGCUACCCCUACCGACAUGACAGCCCCCCGGGGGUGGUGGACAUUAUUCUGGACGCCCCGCCCCCUGGUGUGCAUCCUAUAGCUAUUGGCACCCGUGUUUGUGUACCCUUUGGCAACGAGGAGGGAAUCGAGGGGCAGUGGCAGUGGUACAGAGAAGGCGUGGUCACCCAGGUCGACACCCACCCCGCGGUGGCCAACCGCUACCGCGUCCUGCUGUCUGAGGAAGGACCUCACUCUGCGACUGAGGAAGAAGAUGGUAGAGGGACAGCUGCCGGUACCCAGGCGGUGUGGGUCUCUCGACAAACACUCCGUCUUCUAGUUCCACCGUGGGACCUGGGUUUGCCCUCCGGUGGCGCAGGAGAGGGAGACGACAGAGGCAGAGAAAAGGAACGGGAGCGAGAUGACCGGGAGGAGGUGGACGUGGAGCAGGAGGUCCGCCGUUUGAGCCGCGGGAUGAAUCCCGGAGUGGGGCCCAUGUUGGGGAGGGGUAUCCCUUACCCCGGCCUGGUUCCUGUUUCAUCCACAUCAAGUCACAGCGUUACUUCCCCUGUAACUCCAGCGUCAGUUCUCAGCCUGGCACCGAGCCGAGAGUGGGAACUGGAGAAGGACUUGGACAGAGAGCUCCACAGGAAACAGGAACGAGAGAGAGAACGGGAACGAGAACGAGAGAGAGAGAACAGUAUGAAGCAGCAGCAGCAGCACCACACGUACAUGCCACUUACACCUGAAGAAGACAUGGAGGUGUCACACUUCAACAUGGUCCCAAUGGGGGCGCUCAUACCUGGGGCCAAACCAAUUGCAGUCUCUCAACACCCCCACAUUGUCUCUAAGCCCCCACCUGGCUACCUCAAUCCCCACCUGUCUGUAGUGCGGGGGAUUGGCAUCCCCUCGGCCCACCUUGCCUUGAACCCCCACCCCACCCCUCCGUCUGUCCUCCUAGGCAUGGACCCAGUGACGGCAGCAGCUGCUGGCGCCGUGCCCGCCCCCCCCCAGCUACCGCCACUUCCUCCUAUCUCCUCCUCCACAGCGUCCUCUUCCUCCAGAGCUGAUAAGGCCUCAGGAGGAGGCUCCAACGGUGGAGGAGCAGGCGGUGGCGGCGGCGGGUCGGGAUCGGGUUCCACCUCCUCUUCCUCUUCACGAUCCCGCACCCCACAGACAGCAGCACAGCAAAAGUACAAAAAGGGAGACGUGGUGUGCACACCGACAGGCAUCCGCAAGAAGUUCAAUGGGAAACAGUGGCGGCGACUGUGCUCACGGGACGGCUGCUCCAAAGAGUCGCAGCGCCGAGGGUACUGCUCCAGACACCUGUCCAUGAGGACCAAGGAGAUGGAGGCCAGCGGGGGAGGCCGGGAGCGCAGCGGAGCCAGCAGCACGGGGACCCUGACGCCCUCGGACCUCCGUUUAGGUGGGGGCAGGGCCAGCUCGGAGUUUGACUGGGAUGAGACGUCACGGGAAAGUAGCGAGGCCAGCAGUCGGGGGGGAGACUCCCGUCCUCGCCUUGUUCUACCUUCUCUGCUCCCUCAGGACCUCUCCCGAUUCGACUUCGAUGAGUGCGAGGCGGCAACCAUGUUGGUUUCCUUGGGGGGCUCCCACUCGGUCACGCCGUCGUUCUCUCCCAUCUCCAACCAGUCACCCUUCUCCCCUACUCCGUCGGCCUCGCCCUCUCCACACUUCGGCUUCCGUCCUGCCAAUUUCAGCCCCAUCACUGCUCCCUCCUCGCUCACGCCACGCCGCCAUCGCCAGCUCAGCGGCACCAAGAUGGGUACACCGGGUGCCGAGCGAGAGCGCCACCUUUCAGGUAUCGUGCCCACAUUUCAGACCAAUCUCACGUUCACUGUCCCCAUGAGCCCCAGCAAGAGGAAGCUGGACGUCCACCCACCGCCUCCACUGCCCGCGGUCCAGGACUACCAGACCAAAACUGAGCAGCAGCAGCUUGUUGGUGUAGCGGGGGGGAUGGUGGGGGAGUCACUCCUGGGCCACAGCCCCGCUGCCUUCAGAGUCCUCUCCCCCCAGAGUCAGCCCACAACUCCCUCCUCACUCUCUUUCCCACGCUCCCGUAGCGCCACCAGCAGGCCACCGUCCUCCGCUGCCUCCACGCCUCCACCUAUGCUGGUGUCCCCCACCCCUCCCUCUCCGCUGCCUCAGGAACCCUCACCUCGUCGCAUCGUCCCCCUCCGCGAUUCCCCGGUCAUUGUCCGCAACCCGGACGUCCCUUUGGCGAAGUUCUCCGACGGUCCAAUGGGGAGGAGGGAGAGGAGCAGGUCCAGGGAGCACAGCCAACCACAGCACAAAGCUCCACCGGGCCUGCAGGCUCCCGUACCAAUCAACGGAGCCACGACCCUGGUCCUGGUCACCUCCAGCUCGUCCCUCACUCCUGCCACCGUGGGGCACACCUCCCUGUCCAGCCCCACCACCCCAGGUUCCAUCUCCACCUCCUCGGGCUCCGUCUUGUCCUCUUCUGGUUCUGGCGGCAAGGAGAGGGAAAGGAAGCCAGAGGGACACCAGGACUCGCCUGCGGGGGCGCUGCCACAGCCGGUGGCCUGCCACCCCACCCCCACUGCCCUGCUGCCCCUCAUACUGCCAGCUGAGUCGGCCCACCCUGCUCCCUCCAAGCAAAUAAUCAUGGGACGUCCAGGGACAGUUUGGACCAACGUGGAGCCGCGCUCGGUGCCAGUCUUCCCCUGGCAUUCGCUCAUCCCUUUCCUGGAGCCCAGCCAUUUAGGAGCCGUGUCUCAGCCCAGUGAUGGACAGCAGCUGGUCAACCAGAGCAAAGAGCCUCGAUGUGGCGUGGCCCUGGUGAGUGACGCUCGUACCGGUCCUCCUGACCUGGAGCGGGGAUCGCCGUCCUGCCCUCCGCCGACCAAUGACAAUCCUUCUACAGACAGAGGCGGAGCCGACAGCGAGACCGAGAGUGACCCGGACGACCCUUUCUCUCCGGGCGUGGCCAACGACGCAGCGCCAUCUACCGUCCCCAUCAAGAGACGCACACAGUCCCUCAGCGCCCUGCCCAACUGCGGAGACAGGAAGAGGGAGAAGGACCACAUCCGCCGCCCCAUGAACGCCUUCAUGAUCUUCAGCAAACGCCACCGGGCCCUGGUGCACCAGCGACACCCGAACCAGGACAACAGGACAGUCAGCAAGAUCCUCGGGGAGUGGUGGUACGCACUGGGGCCCAACGAGAAGCAGCAGUACCACGAUCUGGCCUUCCAGGUGAAGGAGGCCCACUUCAGAGCCCAUCCAGACUGGAAGUGGUGCAACAAGGACCGCAGGAAGUCGCUGUCCGAGGGUCGCGGGACCCCAAAGGAACAGAGGGAGAGGAGCAUGUCUGAAAGCAUAGAUUCUCUCUCAGAGUCCCAGACCCCCGACGGUAGAGGAGGAGGUUCAAGCCUGUCAGGAGGACCGGAGCCUCGAGGUGGGCCGUUUGCCGGCCAGCAGCCUCGUCCCAGGGCCUACUCCCAGAGUGCCGUGCACAUCCUGGAGCAGAGGGAGAGAGACCUGGAGAAGGGCGACGAGGCGAGUGUGUUUGGAACCCGGCCCCCGCCGCAGCCUACGUACCACGGUGGAGCCAACGACGACACGACCAGCGACGAAGAGCACAUGGUCAUCUGUGAAGAGGAAGGAGACGAUGAUGUCAUGGAGGAUUCCUGUCCUGAAGGUUCCAUCGACCUGAAGUGUAAAGAGAGAGUGACCGACAGCGAGGAGGAAGAAUCAGACGGACAGCAUCGCUUCCAGCCGGUCGCCCGCACCAUUCUCCCCACCACCACCUCCUCCUCCCCUCCGCCCGUGCCUCCCUCCGAGUCCGUCUCGACUAAAGAGAACGGAGUGGGAGGAGGUGCAGGAGGAGCUGCGGAAGACGGUUCCGAAACCAAAGGAAGGAGAGGAGCAGAAGGAGGGGAGGAGGGGAGCUGUGAAGGACCAAAGAGAGGAGAAACUCCAACAGGAGGAGGAGGAGGAGGAGGAGGAGGUGAAGGUGGACAGGCCGACAGUGUGACACCAAACACGGCCACUUCUCUGGCCCAGCAGGGUCUGACCCAGGUCCGCCUGGCUCCCACAGUGGUGACCAACGUGGUCCGACCCAUCGCCAGCAAACCAGUGGAUGGAGCCAUCGCCCUCGGCGCCCUCCCCCAGGACAAGAAACCCACGCUCCUGAUUGGAGGAGGCGGAGCUCAGCGGCUGCCGAUCCCAGCGGGGGGUGGGUACCUGUCCCCCUCCUCCUCCUCUUCUCCUGCCCCGGUCUGUGUCACCCCAAUGGGGAGCAGCAACCUGGUCACUAACCUGGUUCUGGGGGGGUCGUUUCCCGCCGCCCACCCUGUGCAGGUCCUGACCCCGCCCGCCCAGCCACAGCUCACACAGACCCCUCAUCCUUUCCUCCAGCCCCAGCUCCACCCGUCGGGCUCCAAACCACUAACACAGGUCCAGUACAUCCUCCCCACUGAGAGCCCCUCCUCCCCUCAACUCACCCACCAGCAAAUCGUCUCCCUGCCCCCUAACGCCGCUCUGGCCAAUGGCGUGCAGUCGGGGGCGGGAGUCAGAGUCAGCCNUCACUUAUUAGUCCAAACCCAGUCACCGGUCUUGCAGAGCAAGAUGUUGGUUCCCAUGGCAACAGUGAGAACAGGGUCUACUUCUCCUCAUCCUUCCAUCUCCCUGGUGGCUCCGCCCCUUCCUGUGCAGAACGGCCCCGCCACGGGGAACAAGAUCAUCCAGAUCGCUCCCAUGCCCGUCGUCCACCCCAGCGCCACAGCCACGGUGCAUCCCAGGAGCCCCUUCCCAGUUUCCAUGGCGACGGUGGUGACCCCUCCCCAGAACGUUCUGCUGACCUCCACCCCUGCCAGGAUCACCUACGUCCAGUCCAGUCCAGGUGUUACGACCGCACCGCCCCAACAAGCCACACCCACUCAGGGCCCCACGUACCUCCCGUCACCUUUGGCAACACUGGGCUUCACUGCCAUCGCCCCAAAUGGGCAAACCCUGGUUCAGCCCAUCGUCGGCCCGUCACCUCUGAGCGCUCCAUCGCAGAUGUCUCCAGGACAGAGCGCAGCGGCUGCUGGGCGUCAGGUACUAACUGCCAUCUACCCUGCACCGACUGUUGCACUGGCCACCGGCGUCGUCACUGUCACAUCUGUGACGCCUGCAGCCGGGGCUCCGUCCGCCCCGGACGUGAUCAACCAAUCAUCCUCCACGUCUGCCGUUCAGAGCCAGAGUUCAGAGGCGGCCCCCCCCCCCCCCGGGGCGGGGCUGAAGGUGGAGCCCCUGGUGGAGGUGAAGAGGGAGAAUCAAGCGGAGGGUCAGGUGGACGAGGACGGGACAUCGGAGGUCGCCUGUCUGAGCAACACGACAGUGAAAAAAGAGGAGGACAUCACGGGUCUGGACAUCAAGGAGGAGAACAUGAGAGACGGAUACGUCAGAGAGAGGCAGAGUGAUGUCAUCACCGAGGGUGAGAGGAGGGAGGCGACUCAGGAGAGGGAGACGGACAGAGAGGAGCACAGCAGCAGUGACAACAGCAGGGAGGCCGGACCUCGUUCUCCUCCUCCACCUCCUCCUCCUCCGCUCCCCUCAGUUUUGGACCCUCUUCCCCCUCCUCCCUCGGCGGAGAGAGAUCCUCCCUCAUCGUCGAAGAAGACCAAGUUUCGUCCGCCGCCUCUGAAGAAGACGCCGGACUCUGUUGACAAGGUCUUGUCGGGAACUUCCUUCGAGGAGAGAUUCGCAGAACUUCCAGAGUUCAACCCCGAGGAGGUUCUCCCGUCGCCCACCCUGCAGAGUCUGGCCACCUCGCCCAGAGCCAUCCUGGGAAGUUACCGGAAGAAGAGACGUAACUCCUCCAACCUGGAGCUGACAGCAGAGGACCCCAGCUCCCCGAGGAGGAAAACUCGACGUUUGUCCAGCUGCAGCUCGGAGCCCAACACGCCCAAGAGCGCCGCCAAGUGUGAGGGAGACAUCUUCACCUUCGACAGAGCAGGCACAGAGGGAGAAGAUCUCCUCGGAGACCUGGACCGAGUCCCUUACUCCUCCCUGCGGAGAACUCUGGACCAGCGCAGAGCUCUGGUCAUGCAGCUGUUCCAGGAACACGGCUUCUUUCCAUCAGCUCAGGCCACUGCUGCCUUCCAGGCUCGAUACUCCGACACGUUUCCCACCAAAAUGUGUCUGCAGCUGAAGAUCAGAGAGGUGCGUCAGAAGAUCAUGCAGACGGCCACGCCCGGAGCCCUCGAACCCGGAGGUUCCACCGACGGGAUGAGCGCCACCUCCUCCCACCCGGGCUCCUCGUUCGGUCACCCUGCCCGGGAGGAGGGAGGGGUGGAGCAGCAGGGAGACAGGAGCCGCAGUCCGGAGGAGUCGAAAAACGAUGGGUUGUAAAAACCAGAGAGAAGACGACGACGAAGAAGAAGAGGAGGAGAAAAAAAAAAGACGGAUGGGAGGAAAAAUCUCAGAGAGAGAGAGAAGAGAGAGAGAGAGGAGUGUGUGCGUGGUUCCUGCAGGAUGUUCUGUUUAGUGUAGAACCAGCUCUAGAGUCAGUCCCAGCUCUGAUCACAGCACAUCUGUACAGUAGUUUGUAGUAGUUUGACUCACAAACUCUGUGGUACACACCAUCUGUCUCUCUGACACACACACACACACACACACACUUUUACCAAAUCAGACUGUUACUCUUGGUGGAUAAACCCCGCCCCCCCACCCCCUGUGGAGGAUCCUCCUCCAGGAACCACGACACACACACACACACACACAAAGGCACUUUGUCUCUAGUUUCAGAUGCAGUUCAGCUCUUUUCCAGCCAGCCCUCAGAUGCCAUUCACUUGACCUCAAAUUUUCUGCCUCGUCCACUCCCCUCAGCACCGUGGACGGGUCCGGAAAGUCGACCCCGACGACCUCCCAACUGGUAUUUCCACAGCCCCUCGAUGGACCAAGACAGACAGCACACACACACACACACAUACACACACACACGAGCGCGCUUACACCUGUGCAGGGUCACGCUAACACACACACCCACACACACACACACACACACAGUCCACACCGGUCUGACCAAGCCAUCGGCCUGCACACUUUAUACUGAUUGUAGUGAGAAGAGAAACUGAAAAAAAAAAAAGAAAUCAGCGUGAAAUCCCUUCGCUACCAUCGUCGAAAAGACGACAAGAAGACGACGGCCGCGGCAGGAGGAUGUCAUGUGACCAAUCUUUGCACCUUCACUUAUUGCCAUUUUAAACAGACUCCAGUCCUGGGCGGUGGAAGCUGAUUGGUCGUUGUCUGUAAAAAAUCCGCUCGGAAAUGGAGACCAUUCAGUCCCCGCCCCCCAAAUAGAGAACCCUGUGUGAACGGGCAGCGCAAAGAGAUUAUUUCAAAAGACUGUUGGUUUCCGAAGAAUCCAGGUUCAGUCCAGCGACGCUGGUCAGGCUCCAGACUCCAGAGCACAGAGAAGGAACUGGGAGGAGAUGAAGAAGAAACGGGAGAUUCCAAAAAAAUGUUUCGGAAAAAAAUUUCACCCAAACUGUUUUGUUCCGAUUCGCCCAAGCGGGAAAAUCUGACGCCGCUUUCUCUCGUUCAUCGUCGCAGUGGAAAUAAGCCGUUUUUUUUUUUGUUUUUUUUAAACCGUGGCCUGUUUUUAUUUUCUUCUCUCGUGGCUCUUAUUGUGUUUCUUCUCCAGCGUAAGAAAAAAAAAAUCAACAACUCUGGACAAACCCCCCCACCGCCCCCCUCCCUCACUUUAAUCGUACCUGUGUGUGUGAGAGAGUCGGCAGGGGUCAGGAACAUUUGUCGUUUUGUAAAAAAAAAAAAAGAAAAAGAAAAAGAAAAAAA